AUGUCUUCGCGAUUCCCCCCUUCGUCCGGGUUUAAUUCCCGCGACCGUUCUCCUCAGCGCUUCGGGGAUCGUCGACCACCAGCCGGCGCCCGUGGCCCCGACGACAGUCCCUCCUUUGGCCGAGAACCGCCGCGUGGCCCUCGGGCCCUGGUCGAUUCCCCAGGGCGAGGUGCUCCGUUCGGGGGUCGAGGCCGGGGUGGCUAUGGCCGAGGCGAUGGCCGAGGUGACUUUCGAGACCGAGAUCGAGACAUACGAGACAUACGAGACCCACGAGACCGCGAUUUUCGGGACUCCCGCGACAAUAGGGAUCUUCGGGAUGGCCCACCAUUUCGCCGUGACAUGGACCGCGACUGGAAUCGUCGCGAUCGAGACUUCGAUCCGCGCGAGAGCUCUCGGAUAGGAGGGUUUGGGCGCGGCCGCUCACGAUCACCGACUCGUGACUUUCGCGAUUUGCGAGACCCCCCCGGCCGCGAUUUUGAUAUGGUGCGCAUGCGACGUAAUUCUCGGGAUAGUAUCCUCUCUGCUUCGUCAGGAGGUCCGGACGGACCCCCUUCGAGCGGUGGUCACCCACGCGGUGGUGGCUCAAUGCGUGGCCGCGGUCGUGGUGACUGGGAAGGAGGUCGCGGUCGCGGUCGCCCUCCAUACCUCGAUGACCGAGAGCCAUUCCGACGCCGCAGCCGAUCGCGUGACGCAUGGAGGGAUCGCGGGCGAGAUCGUCUCCUAGAUCGCGACAGAGAUCGAGAUCCGGACCGAGACCGACUUGCAGACCGUGAUCGAUUGCCAGACCGCGACCGUAUCCUGGACCGGGACCGAGAUCGGGACUCUGUGCGUGAUAGGGAGCGCGAUCGUGAUAUGGACCGACGCGACCGAUUUGACCGACGGGAGGAUUGGGAUAGUCGUCGUCCCGAUCGUGAUGACCGAGACCGCCCACUAGAGUCGUGGAAACGUGAACGUCCUCCCAGCCGAGCCGAGAACCGCGGCGCUCCAGGAUCUACAACGGCACCAGCCCCUCAUGUUGCAUCCUCUUCGACCGUGCCUUCCCUACCCGAGCGGGUGCCCGAUCAACCUCCAGUUGACUUGAAUCGGAAGGCCUCCGUCGUGUCUGGCCCGUCGAUGACGGACAGUCGACGCGAUAGCGACCGUCCAGAACCGGUCUCUCUCCGCGCCGAGGCUCCCAAGGAUUUGGGACCUACCGAUCACCAGUCACCUCCGUCUGCGCCUCAAGUUCCUGCCUUUGGCUCUGUCGCAGCUCCCAUCCUCGCUGUGCCAACGGCCAAGGGCUCACACGAAGAACGGACACCCAACGACCCCUCCACUCAGACAGAUAAAGAUCGAAAUGAGAGACCUCGUCGCCCAUCUGUUCAACCUCCAGCGGGCCCCAAAGCUGAAAGAGGCCAGUCACUGCAACCCACCGACUCCCGUGGCCAUGCCUCAGAUGCUAGUCAACCGCCAGAAGAGCCGGCCCCUACUGCAAGGCCCUCCGUGCAUCUCUCUGACCGAUCCGCGCCUACGGCGCCAGCUGCGAUGACGAAACAAGAUUCAGUUUCUGGAGUCGCGGAUGCGCCGAUUUCAGCGAAACCCACUUCGGUGACCACGUCACCUACCUUUGCACGACUCCCUCCGCCAGCCCCUCGAGCACUCUCCCGAGAUCCGUCCAUCUCUCCGCGAAUGCAAUCGUCGACCAUCCCGACUGGACCUCGCGCAUACCAGCAACGCCUCAGUUCAUCACCGCGUGGAGUUGCAAAUAAAGGAAUCCGCCCAUGGUCACGCUCCAGCUUCGGACGCGCACCAUCAAUAUCGAGUGUGCCGCCUAAGAGAGAGCCCGAUGAUCUUGCUGACAACCUUCCUUCGAAUGACCGACCGCCUCAUGAUGUCCAACCUGGAUCUCCAACUUUGCCGGAUGAGCUGGAGAGCACCGAUAAUGUAUCAGCUGAGAAUAUCAAAGCCAUUUCUCCUAGUACUGCCACAUCCAUGAAGCUUGCUAUUCGCAGCAGCCCACCACCAGUGCCUUCCGUGGAGGCCGAGCAUGAAGCAGGACCCGAGGAAUCGAAGACUCAGAAAACUGACAAUGACACCUCUGCCCCGAUCCCUGAUUUCACUGGAUCAAGUGAUGAAGAAGAUGAAGAGAAUGUGGUUUUCAACCAAGAGUAUCUGGAGGAACGAAAACGGAUUUUUGAAAAGGAUAUGCAAGCCCUUCGAUCUGAGAUGCCGCCGUCGCCUUUGGAAGACCCCAAUAUUGUUUCACUUUUGCUAAGAAUUCAAAUGCUUGGCAAGAUCGCUCAUGAAGACGAGGUUGCCGAACAAGAAUCCAUACCUUUCCCUUCUGUGGAAGAGGCAGAUGCUUCUCCUCCCACAAACAAUGAGCGUACUGUUUCAUUUGCUCCAACAGUGCUUGACCGCAAAUCGGAGCCAAUUCCCCUCACUGUUGUUCCGCCUAUUGUUCCGCGUGAUGACAUUACAGUGGAUGGGUUACCCUUCCUGCAAUCCGGCCCACCUACCCCUAUCUCUGAUAUGGAAGUGUGUCAUGAAAACGAUUCUAUACAGAAACGCCGCAAGGAUGUGUUUCGUGAUGAACUUUCAAGGAGACAGAAGGAGGUCUCUAGGAAAAAUGCAGCUCUCAAGGAAGAAUACAUGUCAUACUAUAAGCCCUGGCGGUUGGCUGUGUGGGAACUAGAUCGUUCCAAAGAGAAGAAGCCCAUGACACCAGGCCCUGCCUCGCCCCCGGCCCCCCCACCUCCUGCUACCCCAGCAUCGAUCCCCGAGGGACGUGAAGGGAGGCGAUAUAAAGGAAAUAGCGAACUCGACUUCUUGAAUGCGUUGAAGGCAUCCGAAAUUUCUGCCCAAGAGGAGCUCGAACGUCGGCGCACGAAAAUGGCAACUGCCCGGCCCGAUCUUGCUCGGGAAGCAAUUAUUCCGGACAUGCUGGAGCUCCGAGAGGAGAAAGCUCACAUUUACAAGGAUGUGAACAACACGAUUGAUCCCAGCCAGGCUAUGGAGGUCUUCGGCUUUCUGCCACCGCCCAAUGACUUUACUAAGGAGGAACAUGUUAUCUUUACGGACGCUUUCAUGGCCCACCCGAAGAAAUGGGGCAAGAUUGCGGAAGCUUUGCCUGGACGGGAUUUCCAGCAGUGUAUCAUUCACUAUUAUCUUACCAAGGAAGAGAUCAAAUACAAGGCGAAGCUCAACAAACGAUGGAGUCGCCGAGGCCGAGGAAAACCACGGUCUACCCGACCCAAAUCAAAUGCCCUUAUUGCAGACUUGGGUGUGGUCAAGCCAGACUUCGAUGGCGAGGAAGAGCCGCCUGCUGUUACGGACACAGGUCGCCCACGACGGGCAGCAGCCCCCACUUUUGGCGGCGAGUCAAAUGAGGCCGAGGGUGCUGCCGCAGGUCGCCGUGGACAGACCGCUAAGGACGGUGAGCCCACCGACAAGGCUCCUGCUCGACGGGGUGGACGCACUGCAGGUCCCCGCGCCCAACGACGCGCCAAACCCGCCGCUCAACAAGAUCCCAAAGUCCAAGCCCCACCGCCGCCGCCGAUUAAUCCACCUCUUGCUGCCCUCCCUCCAAACAUGGAUAUUGGUGUGGAUGGGUUGGUAGAAGCCGGUCUUCUGCCCCAAGAGCGAGAAAUAGUUGUGGAAAAAGAAGUCCAGCCGGCCCCGCCCAUCCCGCGUCCGCGAGCGGGGCGUGGCGGAAGGGCGAAGGAGGGCAUGUAUGUCUUCGAAUCUACGGAAGCCGAGCCCGCCAUAGCUCUUAAGCAGUCUGAGACUGGGUAUGGGUCUCUACAGCCGACAAGCUAUUGGUCGGUACCUGAGCAACGCGAUUUUCCCCGUCUGUUGGCACAUUUUGGUCGCGACUUUGAAGGCAUCUCCAAUUUCAUGAAAACGAAGACGACAGUAAUGGUCAAAAAUUACUACCAGCGACGUCUUGACUCGGGCCACAAGGACUUUGAGGAGAUUGUGCUGAUCGCCGAAGAUAAGAAAUCUCGCGGUGAGCCCACUGGCGCUCUUCCUGUUCCUAGCGUUGCCCCAAAGCGACGCUAUGAAGCGACUCCAUCUGCCAUUGUCCCUCGGCCUCUGGCUCCUCAUGGCGAAAUGAUAUCUGAUGGAGACGAAGGGCGGUACUCCGCCAAGGGCAAGGCUCUUGCUAUGUCACCUCAGCCUGUGCCACUUCAAGGGAGGCCGCUAUCUGAGAACGAGCGUGCCUCUAAUCGCUACCCGCCUUUGGCGCAAGCUUCCACUGCCGCAUCGGUACCUCCGGUGGCUGCCCCUCUGGGGGACGAAGCUUCCAGGGCGAUGCGGGGACAACCUGGGCGGAUCUCUGGUCCUCGUUUAGGGUAUUUUACGGACGAGCGCCGCGAUUCAUUGGUGCUGACACACUCUGGCGCACGUGUACAAGAGAUGCAAAUGCCUUCGCGCCAUUCCGGGGCAGCUGGCAUGCCUCCGGACUUAGCUCGAAUGGAUCCUCUCUCCGCUCAGCCUUAUAUGGCUGGACAACCACCUCCUCCGAAUUUACCGCCCUCUCAUUCCCGCCAUCCAAGCCUCACACAGGCCCCAGGUUCACCCACGCAGCUCUCGCGACCCGAGCUUGAGGUUUCCUCUGUCCACCGAGAUCCCUUCGCGCAGAGACAAUACUAUCCUCUUUCUAGCCAGCCAGCUGGAAUGUCUCAAUCACCUCGUCCGGUUUUGUCACCAGUGAAAGAUGUACCCCGCCCCAGCGCGACUCCGGCUCCUGAAUCUCGUCAUGUCCCUGCCAAACGAUCCAAUAUCAUGAGCAUCUUAAACGAUGAGCCGGAGGAGCCCCAGCCACGAAAGCGAUUCGCCAGUGAAGCACCCCUCGGAUCAUCUUCCAGUUCAGCCGCUUCAAGGUCCGUUUACCAACCUGGCGGCCCAACUCGCCCAGAAGAUUCGCUUAUAUCUGGUGCCACGCCGAAACCAUCCAGUUAUGGCCAGCCGGGCUCAUAUCAAGCACCGGCACGUGGUUACGCUGACUAUGGUGCUUAUGGACCUCCCCCAAGUGGCUCUGGCCCUUCUGCCAACAAUGAUUGGAUGGCCCGUUUUGACCCUCGAGCCCAACAAGCAGGCCCACCGGCCCCAUCACAACCACAGCCACCUCAGAAUGCACGUACGGCAUUGAGUGCCCAAGGAUCCUACUCGCACUAUGUACCUGCCCCGCCACAGCCUGCUGGAGCGCUGAACGGCCUUCCUGUGCCAUCCCCCGCUCCGACUCCGCCACCAGCUGCUUCUCAGAGACCAGCCUACCCCAAUGUCUUUUCGCAGGCGGCCCCUACCCAGCAGGCUGCGGCAACGAGUUCUCGUGAUAUGCCAUCACAACCACCUGUGUAUCGGCCUGUGUCACCUCCACCACGAGUUGGUAGCACUGCUUACGCUUCACGGCAAGAACAACCCGCACCGGCUCAGUCCUCGACCAAUAUCUUCGGAAUCCCCCCUCGUCAGCCAGGCACGCAGUCUUCAUACUCCCCUGCUACACCAUCUACGCCAUCCUCAGCCCAACCUCAUAGCCAGAGUUACCAGCAACAUGUUCAGACUCUGGUCAAUGGUGCCCACCAGUCCCACCGUUCUACUCCCGUGAACUUGGCUGGUGGCCCACAAUACGGACACAGCACUCCGCCGCCCCAAGCACAGGCUAGUCGGUCAAUGCCGUCAUUAGCACCCAUGGGCCGCUCGUACACCCCGCCAUCUGCACUCCAUCCUGGUGCCAUGGGCUACGCACCACCUCCGCCGUCUGCUGGAGCGAUGCCACCGCUUCACCAGCGACCCACUGGGCCGGGUGCACUCGGCGAACCUUCCUCCACGCCAACUCAUCACCGUGUCUACAGCCAAGGCUCCGCUCAAGGGGGCCUGCCGGGCCCAUUACAUCCACCACAGCCACGGUAA